GCUGGGUUUGAAGAGGGUGGAGAUGCAGCAUGGCAACACAAACCUUAUAAAGAAUGAUGCACACGCCCGGCGGGCCGCCUCACUUCACCUCUCGUCCCGGACGACAGCAGCAGCAGCAGCAGCAGUCAUGCUCAGCCUCAAACUACCGCAAGUCUUCACCAUCAAUCAAGUGCCCAAAGUUUUCCACGAGCACAGCAUCAUCUCCGGCUACCGCCACCCGCGCAGCUCCGCCACCGACUGCAUCCUGAGCCUCUUCCAGCUGACCAAUGAGACCGUCAACAUCUGGACCCACUUUUUGCCCACCUGGUACUUCCUUUGGCAGCUGGUGUCGGUGGCGUGGGUGCAGGCGCCGUGGCGGGACUCCUUCGCCUGGCCUCUGGUGAUCUUCCUGCUCACCUGCUGCGUUUAUCCGCUGGCGUCCAGCUGCGCUCACACCUUCAGCAGCAUGUCCGUCCGGGCCCGCCACAUCUGCUUCUUCUUCGACUACGCCGCCCUCAGUUUCUACAGCCUGGGCUCAGCGAUCGUCUACUCGGCCUACGUCUUCCCGGACAAGUGGGUGAACGGCUUCUUCCACCGGUGGUACGUGCCGAUGGCCGUGUUCAACACCAUCAUCUGCAGCGGCAUGGCCUGCUAUUCCAGGCUUGGCCUGCCGUUUGUGCACUAUAACCAUGACAUCAUAAAGAGAUUCACAGAGUGUCAGAUUCCAAGAUUCAGCAAAUAUCUCCGUGUUUUUGCCUUCGCUUACCCGUACAUGUUUGACCACAUCCCUCUCUUCUACCGGGUGUUUCUGUGUGAAGGGGAGGGCUGCACAGAAAAUGACACCAACAUGCUCCACUACAUCCACAUCACCUUCGCCCACCUCACGGGCUUCCUGUUUGCGACACACUUACCUGAACGCCUGGCGCCAGGAAGCUUCGACUACAUAGGUCACAGCCACCAGCUCUUCCACGUGUGCGGCAUCCUCGGCACCCACUUCCAGAUGAAGGCCGUGGGGCGGGACAUGGUGACGCGGCGCCCCUGGCUCCUGGAGCACUCCGUGCCCAUCACCUUCGCCAACUCCGUGGGCGCAGCGCUGCUCUGUGUGGUGGUGAACUUGGCCGUCAUCGGCCUCUACAGUCUUCCCCUCCUCUCGGCUCCGGCCUGUAGAGCGAAGAAACGCGAUAAAGGCUCAAAGAAAGCAACCUCGGGUUGGAUCUGCUCCUGCUCAUAGACCUCACUGGGUGCCAGCGGGUCACAUGACAAACAGA